AUGGGAUUCUCCAAAACCUCUCUGUCUAUUUUCUUGUUCUUCCUUUUAUUUUCUUCAUCUUCUGCAACUUCUCGCAUCACUCAUCAACAGCUAUUGCCAGCAACAAAGUUUUCACCAAUUCAACGAGCUGAAAAGCUUAUAAGAAGCUUUAACUUAUUCCCAAAGGAACCUGUUAAUAUAAUACAUGGUGAUCAUUCACUCCAUCAUUUUGUCUCUGGAAAGAUCGUAGAGAAGAAGUUCUCGUUUUUCGGUGAAUCUGAUGAACCUUCUGUUGAUGAUCUCGGUCACCAUGCCGGAUAUUAUUCCCUUUCCAUAUCUGCAAGGAUGUUCUAUUUUUUCUUUGAAUCAAGAAAUGGUACUAAGGAUGCACCAGUUGUGAUAUGGUUGACAGGAGGACCAGGUUGUUCCAGUGAACUAGCUUUGUUUUAUGAGAAUGGUCCUUUUAAAAUCAACAAUGAUUUGUCUCUUUCAUGGAAUGACUAUGGUUGGGACAAGGAAUCAAAUAUUAUUUUUGUUGACCAACCCAUUGGAACAGGUUUUAGCUACAGUUCUAAUGAUAAUGAUAUUCCUCAUGAUGAAACUGGUGUUAGCAAUGAUUUGUAUGACUUCUUACAGGAGUUUUUCAAGCAGCAUCCUGAGUAUGUUAAGAAUGACUUUUAUAUUACGGGCGAAUCUUACGCUGGACACUAUGUUCCGGCCCUUGCGUCCCGAGUUCACCAAGGAAACAAAGACAACAAAGGGAUUACUAUAAACCUCAAGGGUUUUGCUAUUGGUAAUGGGUUAACCAACCCAGAAAUUCAGUACCAAGCAUACACUCAGUUUGCAGUUGAUAACAAAUUGAUUACAAAGGAAGAUCAAGCUGAUAUCAACAAGUUGAUCCCACCGUGUUUGGAUGCCACCAAAACUUGUGAAAGUGAAGGCGGAGAAAGUUGCUUAACAGCCUUAAAUCAAUGCGAUCAUAUAAUGAGUAGUAUUUUGUCCAUUACUGACAACAUUAACUACUAUGACAUCAGAAAGACAUGCGAGGGACCAUUGUGUUACGACUUCUCGAAUCUAGAGACUCUUCUAAAUAAGAAGACAGUUAGGGAUGCUAUAGGUGUUGGAAAUAUAGAGUUUGUUUCAUGCAGCAAAGUAGUAUAUAAUGCUAUGCUGCAAGAUUGGAUGAGAAACCUUGAAGUGGAUAUUCCUUCACUUCUUGAAGACGGAAUCAAGGUUCUUAUAUAUGCAGGAGAAUUUGAUUUUAUUUGCAACUGGCUUGGGAAUUCAAAUUGGGUUCAUAGCAUGAAUUGGUCAGGUCAAAAACAGUUUGUGGCAUCCAAAACAGUUCAGUUUUUGGUUGAUGGUAAAAAAGCAGGAUUGUUGAAUAGCUAUGGACCUCUCUAUUUUCUAAAGGUGAAUGGUGCUGGACAUAUGGUUCCUAUGGAUCAACCAAAAGCUGCACUUCAGAUGUUGGGUAACUGGAUUGAAGGGAACCUGAACCAGACAAGCGUUUAA